UUGACAUCUGCCAAGAGUGCAGUCUAUUGACAACGCAUUAGGUACACAAUGUAAGAAAUUCAUGUUUUUACGAUAAUUUUCAAAGCCCUAUUUCUAAAAAGAAAUGUGAUUAAAAUUUUCUAGUAUAUAAAGAAGGAAUAUGGAAAACAAUGACGAACCACCUACCGAUAAAAAGUCAGCCUCUAGAGCCAAAUCAAGUGGCGCUCCAUCCAGACGAAAUGCGCGAAGAAUGUUAAACGUUAAUGAAGCUGUGAGAUCUUUAGACUUGGCUCUGUGUAGUUUCAAAAAACGAACGGCUGUUCCCAAUUGCGGUCCGAAUAACUCUCAAUCGGGACCUCUCAGGCACUCCGUGACCGCAGUAGACAUGGAUGCCUUAGACUUCCCGUGCAGCACGACGGGAAUGGAUAACGGCUCGCUCAUGUCUAUGAACUUCUCCCACUAUGAAUUAAUUCGCAAUUUGUCCCGUUCCAACAAUUCUGAAGGUGCCUUCAGCGAUACAACUAAUAAGUUAGCAAAUCCCAUGGAUUUGAGAAUGAAACGUGAGCACUUGGAGCGUUACUUCCGCAGCGCCGAAAUGUGGAGCCACGCGCGCCCCAGUUACGAGUCCGGCAGCGUCAGUUUUGAUAUACCAGAAAAAUAGCAAUCAUGCAACAUUUCUUUAGGUGUGACGUGUGUAAUGAAAGGAAACUUCCCAAUGAACGAUUAUGUAAAUUUCAAAAUUGUAUUUAAUUAAAGAAACUUUACAAUAAUAACAGAAUAAUCUCAGAAUUUACAAAUUAAACGUACCGAUCUAUACAACACUGUAACUCUUAAACGUGACGAUAAGAUUUAUAACACUGAUUAACAACAACGUAGAUUUUAGAUGCUUUACCUAGGGUUUACACCAUCAAAGGCGCGAUAUUGAAUACAAUCAUUAUUGCGGAGUGUACGAUUAAGUAUUGCUUUCAUUCGUCUAGCCUAGUUUUAUUUCAUAUAAUAUAAUCAUCUAAGUAAAUAUAAAAAAUUAUUUUACGCCUCCAAGGCAUCAAGAGCUCGUGUUUCUUUUAAUAAUUCACAACAUUAUAUUCCAGACCUAUUGCUAAAAAGCGUUAUCGCUCAUUUAUAUUAUUUGACCCUCGCUUACUAACAAGGAAUCCUAAUAUUUGUAUUCAACAUCACGCACAUCAUCAAUCUAACCACUAAGAAAGAUACCCGCGUCACUCUAAAGUUUCGAAGGCGGACACUACACUGCACCUUGAUUGCACUCCACUCAAAUAUUCAUAACACUAAACAUUAUGGUACACGUCGAAUUUUUGCAGCAAUACAGGCGACCUAGCCAAGGUGACAAUCGCUUGCACUUCGCCAUUGAAUCGCUAUUUACGGUUCAGCAUCGUUACAGUUCAGCAACUAGAGAUGCAUAUUGGGCCACUUUGACCGACACUAUCUAUAGGACGCUGAGUGUAGCCUCGAACUUGUGGUUCCAGUAACAUCGGCUGAUGGAAACUUAGAUAAAGUCCCUCUAAGCUAACUAACUCUGCCCCGUGUUUGAUAGCACAGAGCGUGGAAGUGUUUUUUACACGUCAUAAUUUCAUAGAAAUUUGACGUUUAUGAUAAUACUUCCACUUGCUGUGCUACCAAACACGGGGCAGAGUUAGUUAGCUUAGACGGACUCUAUCUAAGUUUCCAUCAGCCGAUGUUACUGGAACCACAAGUUCGAGGCUACACUCAGCGUCCUAUAGAUAGUGUCGGUCAAAGUGGCCCAAUAUGUAUAUCGGAACACAUAUCGACAUUACUUUGGCGUUUCCGAGGUAUUUGUGCAGUGAAAUAAUAAACUGAACGUUUUGUAAAUUCAUAUAAGCUGGCGAGAGAUUUGUGCCCAACUAUCAACAUUUUCAUUCGGCGCAAGCUCUUGUCAACAUUCAUGUGUAUACUUAUACAUUGUAUUGAUAAAAGAAUCACAAUCACAA